AAACAAUUUCAAUAAGGAAAGUACAUAACAACUUUUUUAAGUAAAGAAGGUUGUAAAAUGUACUUUGUCCUAAAUACUAUUAAUACUACUGUAGUAUCAAGUACCCAUUUAUCAGUUGUAAAUUCAAAGUAACCACCAAAUUAGCAGUAAUCCUCCUUAUCAGCCAUUUCCGCCGGAACGAUUGGUCAAGGAAGCAGUCAUUCAAUUCUCAGUAUGCUAACAUAUGUAUCGUGGGACAGUAGUAAUAACGCCUUCUUCGCCACUAUCAGCUGACCCACUGCACUACUCACAUAUAUACAAGGGCCUAUCUCCAACAGCUGAUUGUUGGCUACGAUGCGAGUGCUUGUCGUAUUUCCGUGUAUCGUGGUGGCGGUAGUGACAGCCCUGCCGUUCUUUGAGAACAUCCUCCAGUCCGAUGAUAAUACAGAGGCUGAUGAAGGGUUGACUGCCCAACUGCUGGAGAUCGGAGAAUCUCUGUUUGGAACACCAAAGGCAGAGUCAGGUGAUGCUGUAUCCAAAUGGAGCCCAGAAAUGGACCAGAACCCUGAAGAGCUGGGAGAGUACGCUCAGGGAGACUUACUGAUACCUGCAGGUGACUCGGAAGCUAGGAAUGGGCUCAGGGCUGCAUCUACUCAUUGGCCCAAGGGAGUAAUUCCUUACGAGAUCAGUCCUUACUUCAGUCAGCGUGAUCGUGCCAUGAUCAAUGAUGCAAUAGGAGAGUACCGGAAGCUGACUUGCAUCAAGUUUGUGCCUCGGACGGGAUCGGAGCGGGAUUAUGUCUACAUCACAAACAGCAACACGGGUUGCUGGUCCUCCGUGGGCAGAAUCGGAGGCCGCCAAGAGCUCAAUCUUCAGAGUCCCGGCUGUCUCACUAAGAAAGGCACUGUGAUGCAUGAGAUGAUGCAUGCCAUCGGCUUCCUGCAUGAACAGAACCGUUGGGAACGUGACAAGCACGUCACAGUCAACUACCAGAACAUCCAGCGAGGAAGAGAGAAUAACUUUGAAAAAGCAAAGAAGAAGGAGACAGACAAUCAGGGAGUGGCUUACGACUACAGGAGUGUGAUGCACUACUCCGCUAAUGCUUUCUCUAGAAACGGCCAACCGACAAUAGUUGCUAAGACAAGAGGUGUCAAACUUGGCCAGAGAGAGAACCUUAGCCGUAAGGAUGUCCAGAAGAUUCGUCAUAUGUACAAAUGUAGAUAA